CUGGUUUUCUCUCAAUAAGGUCGGGAAAAAGAAGAAGAAGAAUCGCUCCUUUUCUGCAAUCACCGUGGCUAACACAAUGUCAAAAAGAGUCGUCGUCAUUGGUGCAGGUGUUGUUGGCCUAUCUACCGCCUUGGCCUUGCAACAAAAGGGUUUCCGUGUUACGGUACUUGCGAAAUGGUUGCCAGGUGACAUGCACAUUGAGUAUACAUCGCCAUGGGCAGGUGCUCACUGGAGAACCAUGGCACCUAACUCAAACAAACUUUUGCAAGAGUUUGAUGCCGUGACCUAUCGUAAAUGGAUGGAAUUUUCAGAAACUCUUCCACACGAGACGGGCAUCAUGGUGGUCCCUAGCACUGAUUACUUUGAUGAAUUGACACCUGAUACAAAAACACCUUGGUUCCAAAAUCUGGUCAAGAAUUUCGAAUUUGUUCCUGAAAAUGAAUUGCCUCCAGGUGCAAAAAUAGGCUAUCGAUAUACAACAAUGGUGGUCAAUGCUCCUCAUUACUUGCACUGGCUCCAGCAUCAGUUCAAAUCAGCCGGCGGUAUUAUAGUACGCCGCAGAUUGCUUCAUAUUCGUGAUGCUUUUGAACUUGACGAUGGAUGGGGAGCGGUCGAUGCAGUUGUCAACUGUACAGGCUUGGGUGCUCGCUACCUAGGAGGAGUUGCCGAUACCACAGUAUACCCUACUCGUGGGCAGACAGUGAUCGCAUAUGCACCCCAUGUCAAGGAAACAAUAACACAUCUCGGAUCGAACGACAUUACAUACAUCAUUCCUCGUUCGGACGGUACAGUUGUGCUAGGUGGCACCGCAAAUAAGCAUGAUUUUAAUCCAAACGCAGAAAAGGCAACCAUAAACUCUAUCCUGACGCGCACUGAAAGGCUGUUUCCAAAGCUGACUGAAGGAGGAUCCAAACCCAUCCAAUUAGUACGUAAUGGUGUCGGUCUUCGCCCAUCUAGAGUUGACGGCCCACGCAUCGAAAGCGAAAUUUAUAGAAAAUCUAACGGUCAGGAAAUGUCGGUUGUCCAUGCAUAUGGCCAUGGAGGUUUUGGAUACCAAUCCAGCUGGGGGGCUGCUCAAUACACAUCUGAGCUUGUCCACAAAACAUUGAAUAAUCAUGAGGCGAAAUUAUAAUUUGUGUAUUAGUUCAAAAAUUAUGUACUAGAUAGUAGCUUUGUAAUAUGAUGAUUCGUUUGUUUUGGCGAGGGAAUGUUCAAGGACUCAAUAAAAGGUUCCAAGGUCUUGUUAAAGUUUAGGGAG